AUGGGAUUUUCCAGGCAAGAAUACUGGAGUGGGUUGCCAUUUUCCUACUCCAGGGGAUCUUCCCUACCCAAGGAUCGAACCCACAAUAGGAUGAUGGGCCAUUAUUUAUUUUUUUCACUUGACCUAUGGCAGGGCACAUGGACCAGUUGGUGGAGAUGUAAGAUACGGACCACAGACAGCAAACUUACUUUUAGUGAUAGAACAUUAAGAGAGUGCAAGUUAAUGAAUAUAUAUAUAUUUCAGUCCUAUUCCAUUUUAAAACCAACAUUUUCUAACAACACUUUCCUUUAUCUUUUCUACAAGAUCUGCAUUGACAACUAUGGAAUACUUUUCUGA